CGACAGCUCAACUCGCCCAUGAACCCCGUCAGCAGCUCAGAAGACAUUAAGCCACCCUUGGGGCUCAAUGGAGUCCUCAAAGUGCCAGCACAUCCCUCAGGAACGAUGGCCUCCUUCACCAAGCACAUAUGUGCCAUCUGCGGGGACAGAUCUUCAGGUAAACAUUACGGGGUUUACAGCUGCGAGGGCUGCAAAGGCUUCUUCAAGCGCACGGUGCGGAAAGACCUCACCUACACUUGCCGCGACAACAAGGACUGCUUGAUCGACAAGCGCCAGCGCAACCGCUGCCAGUACUGCCGCUAUCAGAAGUGUCUUGCGAUGGGGAUGAAGCGAGAAGCCGUCCAGGAGGAGAGGCAGCGGGGGAAGGACCGCAAUGAGAAUGAAGUGGAGUCGACAAGUAGUGCCAACGAGGACAUGCCCGUGGAAAAGAUCUUGGAAGCUGAACUCGCAGUGGAACCAAAGACAGAGACGUACAUUGAAGCAAACAUGGGCUUGACGCCGAGCUCGCCCAAUGACCCGGUGACGAACAUAUGCCAGGCAGCAGACAAACAGCUCUUCACCCUGGUGGAGUGGGCCAAGAGGAUCCCCCACUUCUCCGAGCUGCCCCUGGACGACCAGGUCAUCUUGCUCAGAGCAGGGUGGAAUGAGCUCCUAAUCGCCUCCUUCUCUCACCGCUCCAUAGCUGUGAAAGACGGGAUCCUCUUAGCCACCGGGCUCCACGUGCACCGGAACAGCGCGCACAGUGCUGGCGUCGGGGCCAUCUUCGACAGAGUACUGACAGAACUCGUGUCAAAAAUGCGAGACAUGCAGAUGGACAAGACAGAGCUAGGCUGCCUGCGAGCCAUUGUCCUCUUCAACCCCGACUCGAAAGGUCUCUCCAACCCAGCUGAAGUGGAGGCGUUACGGGAGAAGGUGUACGCGUCGCUAGAGGCAUACUGCAAACACAAAUACCCCGACCAGCCCGGGAGGUGA